AUGUCGGCGGUGUCCAUGUACCCCAUGUGUGUCCGGGCGAGCCGGGGCCUCCUCAAGCUGAGGAACGGAUUCCAAGGCACGUCAACUCCUGCAGUGUUAGAUUUAGUUAGGACGCUUUCUACAGAACGGGCGGCAGGAGGAGAAACUAGUGCCACGGGGGGAUUAGCUCAAGCAAUUUUGCAAGAAAGACUUCAACAGCAACAGAAGAGUCAGGGUCAGCCCCCUCCAGCAGGGGAGGGAGGUCCUGAGAAGAAACAAGAUAAUGAGGGUGAGGAUAAGAAACAGAAGGAGAACACGGCAUACGCCAAAAAAAUGGUCCUCCGGUUAGCAGGGCUCAUGGGACUCGGAGGUGCUGUGGGCAUGGUGUACAUAUUUGGUAGCAAUUCUGUGGAUGAACAAGGAAAUAAGAUUCCAGACGAAUUUGAUAAUGAUGCCCCGGUCAUCCAGCAAGUCAAGAGAACUAUCAAAUACUUCCAAGAUUAUAGACAGAUGAUCAUUGAACCCACAAGCCCAAAGCUUCUCCCCGACCCCCUGAAGGAGCCAUAUUACCAGCCCCCCUAUACCCUUGUGCUAGAGCUCACUGAUGUCCUCUUACAUCCGGAGUGGUCGUUGUCCACAGGUUGGCGUUUUAAGAAGAGGCCGGGCAUUGACUACCUGUUCCAGCAGCUGGCACCACUCUACGAAAUAGUCAUUUUCACCUCAGAAACGGGCAUGACAGCGUACCCCCUGAUUGACAACAUCGACCCUCAGGGCUUUGUCAUGUACCGCCUCUUCCGGGACGCCACACGCUACAUGGAAGGUCAUCACGUAAAGGAUGUGUCGUGCCUGAACAGAGAUACGGCGAAGGUGAUUGUGGUGGACUGCAAACGUGAGGCGUUCAGCCUGCAGCCCUUCAAUGGUAUGGCACUACGCAAGUGGGACGGCAACUCAGACGACCGCACGCUCUACGACCUGGCUGCCUUCCUUAAGACCAUAGCCAUUAGUGGUGUGGAGGAUGUACGUACGGUGCUGGAAAACUACGCCCAUGAGGAUGAUCCCAUUGAGGCCUUCAAACGUAGACAAGCACAGCUUGCAUUGGAAGAAGAGCAGAGGUUGGCAGAACUGGCCCAACAGAAGAAACAGGGUUUGUCCUUAGGCUCCAUCGCUGGCCGUUUCUGGUCCCGAUCAAAGUAGCAGUGAAAGACCCUCUCAUCGCUCCCACCAAUCGCAGUCCACCACCGAACAGUGAUCAGCCAAUGGGAACAAGCCCCAUGGUCAUUUUCAGGUGGGCGAUGUAUCUGGACACAAGGGAGGGAGGGGACAAAGUGGGCAGGCAUCGCUUUUGGGCAAGCAUUCAGUUAGCUCCACUGGACUGUCACAUCAACCAUAUGUUUUUGAGUGGUGGGGGUGAUGAGGAGCCUUGCUCUAAAAUUUACGAUUGGUACCGCUUGUGUUGGCGAAGGCACUUCCUGGACUGCAGAAGCACAGACAAUGAUGACCAGUGCCCUUGUUAAAUCUCAUUUGUUGUCCUCUGUUGUCAAUCAUGUCCUCAAAGUGUUCUGAGGAGGGAAACAUGCCCUACUUGGACCAAUCCCAUUCCACUGCUCGACUCUCCUCCACUCCUCAGAUCUCCUGAGACAAACUUUGUCCUGGCAACCACAACAUGCACUUGGAAAAUGGACUCUGACCUGAUCUGGUCUCACGCAUAGACCAAUGACAGACUGUCCGGAAGCGACAGCCCUAGUUUAGAGAAUGACCCUAAAACUUGCGUCGCACUUUGACUCCAGACGAGAUUGUGCUUGCCUCUCUCCUCAGGGAGAACUGGUUAUGUCAGCUGGAGCCACAGAAAAGCCUGUGCUAUGACCGCAGGGUUCACGGGGAGGGGAGUGACAUAUCAAGUCAAGAGAAGCAGAGCAAACAGAGAUUGAGCAGGUGCCACCUCUGUGUAAAGUUGCCUGAUAUGGCUCCUGUUAUAUGAACACUGUGCUUGUUGAAUGUUCUGUGAAAUGCAUUUGACGUGUCCCUUCCAAAUGAUCUCAAAUAAACAAAAAU